CUACAGUGGACGAUUUGAACCAGAUCUGGAAGUCUGAAAUGACCCACACUGUCUCCGACUCCAUCACUUACUCAGACAGCAAAGACUGGAGGGAGGAUGGAGCUGUCACAUCAGUAAAGAACCAGGGACAGUGUGGCUCCUGCUGGGCAUUCAGUGCCACGGGAGCUCUGGAGGGCCAGUACUGGAAGAAGGCUGGUAAACUGGUGAGUCUGAGUGAGCAGCAGCUCGUCGACUGCUCCUGGAAAUCUGGCAACGCCGGCUGCAACGGUGGUCUCAUGGACAACGCCUUCCAAUACAUCAAACAGAAUGGUGGCAUCUGCUCAGCCUCCAGCUACCCUUACAGAGGAUAUAUGUGGAGGUGCAAAGCAAGCUACUGUUCGAGUGUGACCUCACUGAGUGGGUAUGUGGACAUAAAGUCCCAGAGUGAGGACGACCUUCUCGAUGCCGUCUCGGAAAUCGGCCCAGUCUGCGUAGCCAUUGAUGCAUCGAGCUAUGGGUUCCAGUUCUACUCCAAGGGAGUGUACACUGACGACAGCUGCAGUCAGAGCAAGCUGAACCAUGGAGUCCUGGUGACUGGCUAUGGGGUCAACAGCAACACUGCAUACUGGCACGUCAAGAACAGCUGGGGGACAUCAUGGGGGAACAGUGGCUACAUCAUGAUGGCACGCAACUACAACAACAUGUGUGGCAUUGCCACGGCAGCCAGCUAUCCCUACAUCUAAGAACUUCGCAUCUACUACUCACUCAGACA